AUGAAUAUAGUCCUGGAACUUGGCGGGUUGGCCCCGAGUCCAUUUGCAGGGCUCAUCCUCGCCGACUACGGCGCCGACGUCGUCCGCGUCGACCGGCCCUUCGAAGUCUUCGGCCCGCCACGCGACACACUAUGCCGACGCAAGCGCUCGGUCGUGAUCGACCUGAAGCACUCGGGUUCGCGGCUCGCGUUCCUCGAACUGGUCAAGGCCGCCGACGUGCUGAUCGACCCGUACCGACCGGGCGUGAUGGCUCGACUGGGUCUUGGGGAGGAGACGCUGCGCAAACUCAACCCGGGACUCAUCUACGCGCACCUGUACGGGUUCCGGCCCGAUGGGAUGUACGGGCGACGUGCGGGGCAUGAUAUCAAUUACCUCGCGCUCUCGGGGGUGUUGUCGUUGUUGGGCCGUAAGGAGGAGGUUCCCGCGCCGCCGGCUAAUAUCCUGGGUGAUUUCGCGGGUGGGGGGCUCGUUUGUGUCGUGGGCAUACUGCUGGCGCUGAUACAUCGCAAUAGCAGCCAGAAGAGGUCGCAGGAGGGGGGGAGUCAUGGCCAGGGACAGGGACAGGGACAGGGACAGGUGGUCACGGCCAACAUGGUCGACGGCACCGCGUACCUAGCGACCUUCAUGCGGCAGCAGCAGGGCCACCCGAACAACGACCUCCCUCGGGGCGAGAACCUGCUCGACGGCGCCGCCCCGUUCUACGAGGUCUACCGCACGCGCGACGACCGCUUCGUCGCCGUCGGCGCCCAGGAGCCGCAGUUCUACGCGAACCUGCUUGCCGGGCUGGGCCUACGACACGGUGAGGACGGCAAUGGAGGACGGCGCGCGUUACCCGCGCAAUGGGACCGUGCCGCGUGGCCGAGGAUGAAGGCGCUGUUCGCGCGCCUGUUCGCGCAGAAGACGCUGGACGAGUGGCGCGCCGUGUUUGACCAUGUCGACGCCUGUGUGACGCCCGUGCUGAAUAUGGAUGAGACCGAGAUGCCGUUCCGCCCGCUCGUCGAGCUGUCUGGCUCGCCUAGCCUGGACGUCGAAGUUCAAGAGUCGUAUCCUGAAUUGAAGAAAGGUGAGGGGAGUGAAGAUGUCCUGCGCGAUUGGAUAUCCCGGGAGGAGGUCAGAGGGUCGAUGCAUGUAGAUCCCUCUUCGAAGCUUCUUAUUAUGAAGAUGGAGAGAGAUGUGAAGUUAUAA